GUUGACUUGCAGGAGCUCGACUGACGAGGCGAAAGCUGGUCUUCGACGACAUGUAUCCUCGUCGCCCGCUGCGGCAAACCGAUCUCUGGGCCGGCUCGUUCAUCGCGCACCCAAGCGCUGCCUGCUGACGUCGUUGCGUCUCGUCGGCGGCCAGCCGUUGUCAACAAUUGUCCGAAAACCACUUGCCGACAUUGUGGCACGAGCGCGCGCAGUAUGACCGCCGUCACUCGGUGUCUCGCCGUCGCCGGCUGGCUGGUUGCCGGCGCCGCCGCCAUUGCGUAUGAGCGCUUCGUGGCCGUCGAGACGGGCGUCAUCUUGUCGCCGCGGGAGUACCACGUGUCACCGGCGCAGCCGCUGGGGAAGCGCCAGGACGGCUGUAAUCCAGAGUCUCAUCCAUGUAACGAGAUCGGACCCGCGGGCGCCAGCAUCUGUUGCCCCAACAAUCAAUACUGCAUCAUAAACCCCAUGACCACCACCCUCGGAGCCUGCUGCCACAUUGGCGCAACAUGCGGCGCGCCUUGCCCCGAAUUCCAAUUCCAAUGCAACAGCACAGUGACCCUCACCACCGGCACCCUCACCGCCACCACCACCUCCCCAGCCUGCUGCAACCGCACCUGCACACAAACAUCCAUGUUCCAAUGCCCCUCCUCGCUGGGCGGCGGCUGCUGCGCCUACGGCGCCCGCUGCGCGACCGACGGGCACUGCCUCGCUGCCGCCGCUUCAACUCCUGCCACCACCACGGGGUCGUUGGAACUGAGUCUGGCGCCGCCGCCGCCGGGUUGUAGCACAGGGCAGAUCUCGUGCGCCGCGACGUUGGGCGGGGGGUGUUGUGCGGCGACGCAGAGCUGCACGCUCGUGUCCGGGCGGGCGCACUGCGCCGCGACUCCGCCGCCAACCACGACCGAGAAGUUCAGUGUCGUGGAUGCGGAUUCGGCGGCGGGCGGGUUGAGUCCCGGCGCGACGGCGGGCGUGGCGGUCGGGGUGGUGGUGGGGUGCGGGUUGGUGAUUGGGGCCGUGACUUGGUGGUGUCUUCGGAGGAGGAGGCGGAGGAUGAGUGAGGCCGAGGGCAGCAGCAGUGCCACACGGCCUAGGCCGAUGGGGUUGGUUGGGCGGGUGGUUGGGGGUUCGGGAGGGAGGGAGAUGUCGGAUGAGAAUUCGGAUGUGAUGUCCGGGAGUGGGCGGCUGGCUGGGCUGGUUCAGGAUUACUCUGGGCCUGCGCCGGGGAUAGGACCGUACUCGGAGACGCAUAGCACGUCGGCCGUGACGACGCCCGGGUUGGACCGGGGCGGGGUGCCGCUGCAGCCGAAUGAGCCGGGGGAUAUUGCGGUGCCGGUGGAGAUUGAUUCGAGGCUGCGAGAUACAAGGAGGCUGCCCCCGGAUGGGUUAGCGACGCCGCAUGACGAGGACGCGCAGGAGAGGUAUGAACUCUAUGGCUCGGAUGUAGGGCAGAUCUCGCCCACGCUGCCGUCGCCAUUUCCGGGCAGGAUGCCGAGUCCGGAUGGGCGGCCGCGGUAAGGUGGGAGAUUAUGUUCGACGGUUUGGAUGCAUGUAUUGUAUACCUGACUGGUUGAAUGAUCUCAUGCCUCAAUACACACCUCUAGGCCAGGCUGAGUUGCUGUUGCGAGAGCAGGAUUCCAUGUCAAGAGCACGAUUAACGGCGACCUGAGCACCCGAAUCUAAGCCGGGCAGGUGAAUCCCGU